GGUACUAGGUUUUUGUCCACUUGCUACUUGAACUUCUGGUGGAUUCCGUCUUAAGUUCUGAUUUUCAAACAAGGUUCAUGUGAUCAUCUUCCGGGCAAGUUUUUAAUUUUACCAUUCCAUGCCUCUCUUUUUCUCAGACUCAGAAUUUUGUGCAUUUUGUUUUAAGUUGAUUCAAUUCCUGGUAGCAAGUAAGAUUGCCAGAAAGUUAAGCGCUCUUGACUUUCUGAUCGGACUCUGUGUGAGCCAUUAUUAAAUAAUCUGUUUAGAGUAGCUGGGACCUACUAUUUCUGUUUAUCAACAAACAGGAUAAUGCGCGUGUAGGAGAUGACUUCAUGAAUCAAAUUCAGUCAAUUGCCACUUAUGUACCAUACAUGACCUGUCCAGGAAAUCAUGAAUAUGCUUACAACUUUUCCAACUACAAAAACAGGUUUUCCAUGCCAGGAAAUACUGACAGUAUCUUCUACAGCUGGAACAUUGGUCCUGCACACAUCAUCAGCAUUUCAACCGAAGUGUACUUCUUCUACCAGUAUGGCAUUGAACAGAUUGUUCAACAAUAUGAUUGGCUGGAAAAAGACCUUCAGGAAGCUUCAUCUCCUGAGAACCGUGCAUUACGUCCCUGGAUCAUCACGAUGGGUCACAGACCAAUGUACUGUAGUAACUCUGAUGGCGAUGAUUGUACCAAACACGAGAGUACGGUUCGCACCGGAAUCACAUCAAAACAUUUGUUUGCUUUGGAAGAACUAUUUUACAAAUACGGUGUUGAUCUGAUGUUUUGGGCUCAUGAGCACUCUUAUGAACGACUCUGGCCUCUCUACAACAGGCAGAUUUGCAAUGGAUCACGGGACGAACCAUACACCAACCCUUGCGCCCCAGUUCAUCUAACCACUGGGUCAGCGGUAAGUUAUUGACUCGUCAUAUAUAAC